AUGUGGGCGAUUGAAUAUCAAAAACUACCUUUUACCAACUUUAUUUCGGAAGAAGAAAUUACAAAUCAAGUACUUAGUGGAACCCGUCCAGAACUUACAUCAACAGAUAGCACACUGACAAAAUAUCAAGAAAUUAUUGAAAAAUCUUGGUCUCAAGAUCCAUCUGCACGUCCUGAUAUGAGAACAAUCCAUGAAUACCUGAAUAGGCCAAACUUUAUAUAUUUUUAUCAAGAUACAGAUGAUGACUAUUAUGAUAGUAUUGUAGAUACUGGGCCAUCAAAUGAUGCAAUAUUAAAAUGUUUGGAAUUUAAAAAAUAUUGCCAAUCUAGUGAAUAUUAUACAAGAUCAGAUGAAAUAGAACAAGGAAUUAAAUAUCAUCAAAAGAAGAAAUACAAACAAGCAUGGGAAACUUUUAAUGAAUGGUACAAUCUUCAUUCUGAUGACCCACAUGCAAAUUUUUGGAUGGGAUUUUAUUAUCUUAAAGGAUAUCAUGUUAAAAAGAAUGAUCAAACAUGUAUAAAAUACCUCCAACAAGCGUCAGAAUUACAGCAUCCAGAUGCGCAAUAUUGGUACGCGUAUACCUUGUUAAAUGGACCGGCUGUAUUUGAUGGUGAUAGAUAUGCGUUCGCACUGAAAAAUUUAAGAGAAUCAGCAAUGCAAAAUCAUCGUUUAGCAUUGAGAACAUUGGGAAGAAUUGUACAAAUUGGAA